UUCACACAUUUGUGCCUUGGAUCAUCUCGUUACCAAGCUUCUCGGUCAAGAUCAAAGCUAUAACGCGUCAAUCAUAGUUAACUUUUAAGUACCAAACGCAAGCUGGACAGUGGCUGCACUGCUUAGUAGGAGGGAGAGAGGCUGUGGCGCUGUAGGAGCAUGGAGCAGAAUUUUUUUUUUUUUUUUAAAUAAAAACACCUGAUCCUUUUCGCCCGAUUUCUGAUCACUUAAUUGGAUCAGGACAUCCCUAGUUUGUGGUAUUUUUAAUGUUCCCCCCAAAAAGUAUUUUUAAUUGUACUUUAUUUUGUAUUCAUAUUUUUAGCUUAUCACAAGUCUCGCGGGGGUGCCGGAGCCUAUCCCAGGUGGGCAUGAGACUGGGUACACCCCGAAUUGUUUGCCAGCCAAACAAUUUGUAUUUUAAUCAUUUCCAUUUUCAAUUCUUUGCAUUUGAUGUUUUUAGUUGAAUUACUUUUUACUUGUACUGUACUUUCAAGUUACUUUUUUAAAUUAAAUAUUAGAAUUUUGAAACAUUUUUUCAUUAAAUUUGUCUUAUUCAGGUUUUUGUAUUAAUAACUAAUUUGAUCAUGUUUUUAAAAAAUUCAAUGAUGUGUUUACAUUUUGAAAUUUUUACAUUUUUUAUAUGUAUCUUAACAUUCACAUGUUUAAUGAUUAGCAUUUGAACAUUGCUUUUUUUAUAAUUGUAAUUUUUUUUUUACGUAGAUCGUGAUUACGAGUAUUUUCAUUAUAUUUGGAUGUUAUUUGUAUUUAAAAGCCUAUUUUUUUGUUUAGUUAUAACUUUGACGUAAUUUUUUAACUCAUUCCCUACUAUUGACAUUAGUAGAUGUCCAAUUUAACCAUUUACAACUGGCUGUGAAUGCUCAUCUUUCAGUACCACUGACAGCGCUAGACGUCCAAUUUAUUUUGACUGCCCCUCCCAGUCUGAAUAAAUUGUACGUCGUGCACCGUCAAUGGCGGCCAAUCAAUUACCUAGGUUGUAUUUGUUUACAUUUUUUCAACUGUAUUUUUUCCAUUAUAGAUAGCGUACCUGCAGGUGGUGCUGAUUCUCCAAUUGGCUUCCAACACACACACACCCCCAAACAGGAAUCCAAGUGUGUGUGUGUAGCCAAAUGUUGCUGGCUUAAGUUUGCAUCCGUCCGCUCACACGCACGUUUGACUUCGCCACUGCAAACAGAUUGACUCACUUUACUUCUGCUUGUGCAGGCGCUUCUGAUGCAACGUCCAAGUGACCAAGGACUCGCCGGGUGAAGGACAGAAGAACAUUUGGACCGAAGUGCCAAAAUGUCGGCGGCCGCCCGGCUCCUGGACGACAUGUGCCACCUGACGGCUCAAUCGCUGACCAAAUUGGAGACGUCUGAGCACUUCCGGGUGGUCAAACUCUUGGGCGAAGGCUCGUACGGGAAGGUCAUGCUAGCCGUGCACCUCAAAAGUGGAAGCGCGAUGGCGCUGAAGUUCUUCCCCCGCGUGACCACUUGUCUGAGCUCCUUCCUGCGCGAGUACAACGUGGCUCUGCGCUUCUGCACUCACCCGUCGUUGAGUCGCGCGCUGGGCAUCGCCUACUUCACGCCGUCACAUUACGUCUUCGCGCAGCAGGCCGGACUCUUCGGUGACCUCUACGACUUCAUCGUACCCGAGGCCGGUCUUGAGGAGAGUCAGUGCCAGCGGGUGGUGUCCCAGCUGUGCGGCGCCCUAUCCCACCUCCACUCGCUGGGUUUGGUCCACAGAGACGUCAAACCCGACAACGUCUUCCUGUGCGACGCUGCCUGCCAUUGGGUCAAGCUGGGAGACUUCGGGAUGGUGAAGGCCCGGGGAACCAAGGUCCCAGAAGUGUGGUACCGUUCUCCAUACUGCACCCCCGAAGCUGAGGUGGCGCGAGGCACCGUGGACAGUAAAGACGAUGAAAAGAAGAAGCGGCUCCAGCGAGUUUGGGUCAGUGUAGAACCCAGCGUGGACAGUUGGGCCUUGGGCGUUCUGACCUACGCAGUCUUGACGGGCGCCCACCCGUGGCCCAGCACGUCCUCGGACUGCAACGCUUACCUCAAGUACCUCCAGUGGUUCGACUCUGCCAAAAGCCCGCGGGACGAUCUAGACGUGUGGGCGGAACUGGACGACCCCCUGCCGGAGAAGGAGCGCCCCCCGGUGGCACCACAGUUCGCACUCUUCACCCCGCUAGCCCGGGCUUUCUUCCGCCUACUGUUGGAUCCCGACCCGCUGAUCAGGGGGCGACCCGAGGACGUGCCGGGGUACCUGGGGGGCGCCUGGCUGGCGGCCGGGGAAAGGCCAUGCCCACUAGAGCAAAUAGAGAAAAGUCGAGGAAGUGGCGCGGUCAACCAGGUGAAGGAGAAAGAGGGACGAGGGCAAAGGUGAAAGACCGCAUUUUUCACUGUUCUGAUCCGAUUCACAUCGAGACAACAAGCAAGUACCUAGCAAACAAGCCCAAAUCGCAUCUGAGCUUCCGCUAACGCGUUAAACCGGUGAACGAAUCGCAUCUAUAUUUAUCCACCGACCUUUCCGCGCUUCAUUUUUGGCCACCGGACGCACCGACUUGACUUUGUCUCGCUGUAAACGCGCGGGACGCAUUCUUGAUUUCCUGACAAGAACUCGACACCGCUUUGAGCGCGCGCGGUUGUGCGACACGCUGCGAGCGGGCAAUCCUUCAAAUCCAAGUUCCAAAAUAGACGCGCACUCAUACUUUCAAGUCGACACAUCGUCUUUCAUAUCACUUUGUCAAGAUUCGAACCUUUCACGUGUUCAGUGAACUCCCAACAGACCGCUUUGGAGCAUCUCACUGGGAAAAGUGUGGAUGUUGAAGGUUGUAACUAAGAAAAAUGUGGGUCAAGUUGAGCUAUUAAAUGUGCAAAAAUUGCAGGUGUGAUAGCAUUUGACUGACACAAUAAUGGGUUUAUACUAUUUUCAAGAGGGAAAAUAUGGGUAUGAAAUACCUUUACUGGGAAAAUGUGGGUGUUGGACUAUGUAACUUAAAUAUAGGUGGUGAGGCAUUAAACAAGCAAAAAUUGUGGGUGUGAUCGCAUUUGACUGACAAAUUCAUGGGUAUUCCCGAUCGAUCGGGUCCGAUUACGUCAUUUUCAAAGUAUCAGAAUCGGCAAAAAAAUAUCGGACAUGCCUUUUUUUAAUAUAAUUAAAUCGUUUUCUAAUUGUAUUUAACGUUACAGACAAAAUGUCUUACACUCAUCCAGAGUCUUUAGUUUUGGCCUAAAGUAGGGCUAUCAAAUUUAUCGUGUUAACGGCGGUAAUUUAUUUUUUUUUAAAUUAACCACGUUAAAAUAUUUAACGCAAUUAACGCAUGCGCUGCAUGACUCACUCACACAUUGUCGCGUUCAAUCUAUAUUGGCGCCGAUUUACCUAUAUAUAGAGCUGAAAGGCAGCGUAAUAUGAGUAGAGUGAAUUCUGGCAGUCUUUGGGGCCUUUUUUUUAAAUGGCUAAAGCUUUACAAUCCCUCUCUCAACAAUUAGAACUAUCGUGGGAGGCAAUGUGGGGAAGAAAGGUAAUAGUUGAUCUUUUUUUUAACACCCUACGUUAUUUCCCAACGCAGAGAAGAUAUAUGAAUUGGUGCCCCUACGCACAGUCAUGGUUGCACUUCCCAUCAUGCAUUUGGGCAGAACAGUUAAAUGGCUGCAGUAUAAUUUACUGAAAGCUCACAAAAAUCCACUAGAUGGCAAUAUUUAGUCACAAUAUACAAAGUCACAUUUAUCCUAUAAGAAUUACAAGUCUUCCUAUCCGUGGAUCCCUCUCACAGAAAUAAUGUUAAUAAUGUGAAUGCCAUCUUGAGGAUUUAUUGUCAUAAUAAACAAAUACAGUACUUAUGUACUGUAUGUUGAAUGUAUAUGUUCGUCCGAGUUUUAUUCAUUUUUUUCUUAAUGCAUUGGCAGAAUGUAUAUGAUCGGGAAAAAUUAUCGGGAAUGAUUAGAAUUGAAUCGGGAGCAAAAAAAAAAGCAAUCGGAUCGGGAAAUAUCGGGAUCGGCAGAUACUCAAAACGAUCAGGAUCGGAUCGGGAGCAAAAAAACAUGAUCGGAACAACCCGAGUAUUGACCCCUUUCAAUGGAUAAAAUAUAGGUGUGAAAUCCUUUUACUGGAAAAAUGUGGCUGUUGAACAGUGUAAUUUUAAAAAAUAUAGAUGUUGAACCCUCGAACUUGCAGAAUGUGUGGGUGUUGAAGGACUUGAAUGACAAAAGCAUGGGUGUUGACUAUUUUCAAGAGGGAAAUUAUGGGUGUGAAAUACCUUUUAAUGGGAAAAUGUGGGUGUUGAACUAUGUAACUGAAAAAUAUGGGAGUUGAACCAUUAAACAUGCAAAAAUUGUGUAUGUAAUAGCAUUUGACUGACAAAUUAAUCGGUGUUGAACCCUUUCUAUAGGGAAAAUAUGGGUGUGAAAUUAAUGGGUUUGGUUAAGCAUGGACUAUUUUCAAGAUGGAAAAUAUGGGUGCGAAAUCCUUUUACUGGAAAAAUGUGGCUGUUGAACAGUGUAAUUUAAAAAAAAAGAUGUUGAACCCUUGAACAUGCAGAAAGUAUGGGUGUUGAGUCCUCUCAAUAAGGAAAAUUGUGCCUGGAAUCCUUUUACUGGGAAAAGUGUGGGUCUUGAACAAUGUAACUAAGAAAAUAUGGGUGUUGUGCUAUUAAACAUGAAAAAAUUGCGGGUGUGAUAGCAUUUAACUGACAAAUUAACGGGUGUUGACCCCUUUCAGUCGGGAAAAUAAAGGUGUGAAAUCAUUUUACUGGAAAAAUGUGGCUGUUGAACUGUGCAACUUUAAAAAAUAUGGACUUUGAACCCUUGAACAUGCAGAAAGUGUGGGUGUUGACGGACUUGAAUGACUAAAGCAUGGGUGUUGACGCCUCGCUAUAAGGAAAAUGUGUGUGUAGGAUCCUUUUACUGGGAAAACUGGGUGUUGAACUAUGUAACUUUGGAAAAAUAUGGGUGUUCGAGCCUUUGGACAUGCAAAAAUUGUGGGUGUGAUAGCAUUCAACUACAAAAAAAAAAACCUUUUCAAAACGGUACGUCUCUGGAUUUGUUUUACUGGAAAAAUGUGGCUUUUGAACAAAAUAUGUGGGUGUUGAACCAUUAAACAUGCAAAAAUUUGAUAGCACUUGAGUGGCAAAUUAAUGGGUGUUGAUUCCAUUCAGUAAGUAAAAUGUGGGUGUGGAAUCAUUUUACUGCAAAACUAGGUGUUUAGCUUAAAUUUUGGAAAAGGGUUUGGGUGGGGUGACACUACUACUUUUCUUAAAAGUUUUUGUUUAGUAGAAUUAACCUGAGAAAAAUGUGGGUGCUUAUCAUUUCAGGUUAAAAG